CUGAACUUUCACUGUCUCAAUUUGUUUCAAUUGGCAGCAUGCGAUUCUUCUUGUCUAUCCCAGGUCUUGUGGCCUUUGCUGGGCUCGCAAGUAGCCUUCCACCGCGCAAAGAUGCCGAGAUGUCAAUUGUUCGACGACAAGAAGCGGCGGCAUACGAGUAUCAUACGAUAGAUCAGCCCAUUGACCAUUUCCCGCACAGCCCCCGCUAUGAGCCUCACACCAAAGACACGUUCAAGCAGCGCUAUGUGUUCGAUUCGACUUACUAUAAACCCGGAGGCCCCGUGUAUUUGUACAUUGGCGGAGAAACAGACCUCGCAAGCCGUUUUUCGAACCUCCAGACAGGAAUCAUACAAAUCCUGAUGGAGGCAACAAAUGGCCUAGGUGUGAUUCUAGAAAACCGAUAUUACGGUGAAAGCUAUCCAUUCAACACCAGCACGACCGACGAGCUCGCAUACCUCACUACCGAGCAGACGAUCGCUGACAACGCUUACUUUGCUCAACAUGUCGUAUUUCCAGGAAUUAACGGCAAUCUCUCUGCACCAGAGACCCCAUGGAUCCUGUACGGGGGGAGUCUAGCUGGUGCACAGACUGCUUUCUCUGUCAAAACUUAUGGAGAUAUUCUAUUCGGAGGCAUUGCAAGCUCCGGCGUAAUCCACGCUGUACUUGCCUAUCCGCAAUGGUACGACCCGAUUCAGAAGUUCGGGCCAUCCGAUUGUAUUGCAAGCAUCAACAAGAUUGUCGACAAGAUCGACCAGCUGAUCCAAGCCAAAAACACCAAAGCAAUCCAAGAACUGAAAGAAAUCUUUGGCCUAGGGCCUCUAUCAGAUCUCCGAGAUUUCGCGAUGACCAUCGCGUUCCCUCUUGGUGGCCCAAUGAACUACCCAACUGGAACUUGGCAAGAGCUUAACUGGUGGCCGGCGUAUACCUCCAACGAUUUCUGGAAUUUCUGCUCGAAUGUCACCAACAUAGACGCACCGGAGAGCAUUACAUCCGUUGAUUACAAAUUGGCGCCCUACACUGGCGGAGAGCCAUGGACUGAUCUCGGAAAAUAUGCUGAUUACGUCAAAAAGGUUAUCGUUCCUCUAUGCCUGAGCGGUAGGAUUGAUAGCACAGAUCCAGGCUGCUUUAGCACUCAAAAUGAGACUUUCUAUGCAGAUGUCACAAAUUCAGCCGCUCGCUCGUACCUCUACUCUACAUGCACCGAGCAAGGAGCUUACCAAGUCGCCCCAGCAUAUGGCCCAUCUUUGAUCUUGAGGGUGCUUCAAGUGGAUUAUACUCAGCAAUGGUGCACCUGGGCAUUCCCUCACGGGAAGUUCAACUCGAUCACGCCAACACCGAAUCUGACCUGGUACAACCACUAUGGUGAUUUAAACUUCAAAGCUGAUCGCCUCGCUUUCAUUGAUGGCAACCAGGAUGUGUGGCUAGACGUGUGUUAUCACUCAAACGAUGCGCCUCCUCGCUUUACAUCGGAUCUUCACCCAGAGUAUCUCAUUGAGAGUGGAGGCCAUCACUGGGAUUCCUAUGGAAUUAAGAAUAUUACGGGAGAGCCGCAAUUCAUUCGAGAAGCGCAUCUGUGGGAGAUCCGCACAGUGAAGAAGUGGUUGGCGACCAGGAAGUAAUGUACUGGAGAGCGUAUCGGGAAAUGUAACCCAUGAUAUAUGGUACGCUGUCGACCGCACGAUUGAUGUUGUAACGUCGAUCCGGCGUUGAAUACAGAAGCAAAAAUUCUUAGAAUAAUUCAAAAGCCCAUCUCUGGACUA